AAACACCAAGAGCCAAAGAGUCUCUGACAACCAGUCAAUAGUUGAGUAGGCAGUCUGUUGAUGAGUAGGUACUUCGUAGAACCAACUUGGUUCCGGCGCCUCCCACCCACACCUUUCAUCCCACGUCCCGGACCGGUUUCUGCUCCAACCGGUAGCCCAUUUGUCGACCCAUCCCCGUACGGUGGAUUUUGCGGAGUAAGGGCGCGGGUAGGAGAAAUGGGGAUGGAGACGUGGAGACGUGUUGGAGACCGCGGGGGUCGUCAAGAGGAGCCUGAGGAGGUGGGUGAAGUGGCACAGACACAUAUGAACCACCUCAUGGCCGAACAGACCGUCAGCAAGUCAACGAGUAGCAUCGGUAUCGACUCUGUCAAAAGACGAAGAAUGACUCCAUCAAAGUAGAUCGCGCCUCUCGGUUGACGCUUGACCAUAGCUAGACUAAGCUCGUUCGUAGAUGCCUUCAAUCAGCGAAGGCACAGUCUAGACUCUUCUUGGACAUCUGUCUCGAUGGCUUUCCCAACUCAGACUCGAUCUGGCACUUCUUCGAUGACCUUGACAACCAUUCCAGCCAAGGUAUCCGUAAGAUAGAUCGUGAUUCGACGAACCCCCCGCCAAACACAAUUUGAGUCUGGAGUUCCAACGGCCAUUUCCAUCUCUCGCGACACCACCCCGACUUUGUGGCGUUGAAUCCUAAGGCUUGGCACCAAGUCACGAAGCCCAUUCAUUUGACGGAAAAAUUAAUCCGCGUUUCUGACCUGA